AUGCCGUCUUACUUCUAUCACCUCAAAUUCGAGCUUUAUCCGACUCCUGAUCCGGUCGCUGCAACAUCAGCAGCUAAAGCUCAAGACGAAAUUUGGCUUCCGUCUCCUGAAGCGAGUGUCUUCGACGACUUUCCAUCCCAUCCGCGACCAGACCGACAGACUACUUAUAAAGUAUCGAGUUCUAUAGAUCCCCAGCACGACUCAGCGAGCCACGCAAAUCCAUACACUCUUACGAGGGAAAUCUCACGCUCGUCGAAUCUCGGUAUAAUAGAUUGUGGCGCAGCUGCGAAGCCAUCGGUCAAAGACUCCGGACGGAAACUCGAGAUUGUUACCGAGAGACAGUGGCUCGAACGGGCUAACAGCUUUCCGCCCCCGAACUCAAGUGUCGCGAUACAUCCACAGAACGCAGUUAGAGACUGGCGGUUUGGCCGUGUUAGCCUCGAGACGGUCGACCUUAGGACUGGACACACAAUGGCAGGCGAGACGACCCGAAGUGGCCCUUCUGCGGCUCCUUCGCUGGGGCCAACAUUCGGGGGGGCCGGUACAGCGACAAAAGCUGAGUUUCUUCCUCUCGAGACAAAGAAUACUGAGCUCGGCUGGGGAGUCGUACACUUUUACAGAGAAGAAGACGAGACUUCCGGCCUCAUCGAGACGAACCAUCAAGAAACUGAAGCAAGUGGCUCAAAGGAUACCGACUGCACAACUCUUUGUAUACCAGCAGUCCCGGCGUAUAUGUCGCCAGGUGACCUGAUGGGUUUCGUUGGAGAAAAAUGGAGGGGGGAUAUCAGUCAUUGCCGUAUGGUUAUGACAUCGCGGAUGAACAGAUACCUCGUCUUGCUUAAGUUCCGAAACAAUUUUCGGGCCAAGCAAUGGCGGAGAGAGUUCGAUGGAAAGGUCUUUAACACUGUGGAGCCUCAAAUCUGCCAUGUAGUUUUCGUCAAGAGUAUAACAUUCGAAACACCGACACGACGAAAAUCAAGCGCGGCUCUUUCCCCCUUAUCCUCGCCGGCUGGCAUGUCGAGCAGCCUCAGACCGUUUCCUCCGCCAACACCGAAUCUCGUGGAAUUGCCAACUUGCCCUGUAUGCUUGGAACGCAUGGAUGAGACAAAUGGGUUGAUGACAAUACCAUGCUCUCAUGUGUUUCACUGUACAUGCCUCCAGAAUUGGAAAGGCGCUGGGUGUCCUGUCUGUCGCUUCACAAACACCUCACCCAACUCAGAAUCAGAUCCUUCGGGGCCUCAUCCAAAGCCAUUUGGGUCUGGAGUCUCGAAUCUCUGCAGCAUCUGCGAUUGCACAGAUGACCUAUGGAUUUGUUUGAUUUGCGGCUAUGUGGGCUGUGGCCGAUACAAAGGUGGCCAUGCCAAAGAUCACUGGAAAGAAACAGCCCACUGUUUUGCUCUGGAGCUGGAAACACAGCAUGUCUGGGAUUACGCUGGAGACAUGUGGGUUCAUCGACUCAUACGAGAUAAAGGUGAUGGGAAGGUUGUGGAACUUCCUUCAAGAAAUAGGUCAGUCGGUCAUUUGGAAGAAGAGGAUGUGGUUCCUCGAGCCAAGCUGGACAGCAUUGGUCUGGAGUACACACAUUUGGUCACGAGUCAACUGGAAUCCCAAAGGGCAUACUAUGAAGAACUGAUCAGCAAGACUGUCGAUAAGGCCUCGAAAGCUUCUGCUGCGGCCGAGGAAGCUGCGGCACAAGCCUCAAAGGCUAUAAAAAAUAUGUCAGUGCUCGAUGAAAAAUAUACAACCCUCAGCCAGGAAACAAUACCAGAGCUAGAGAAGCAACUUGCUCGAGAGCGGAACAAGGCGAGCAGGAGCGAAACAUUAGCACGCAACCUUGGCAAAUCUCUCCAAGAGGAAAAACGUUUGAACGAGGGACUGAUGAAGCGGAUUGAGCAUCUCAACAGCGACCACGAAGCAAUAGUAAAAGAGUUGGAGAAACUCAAAGGAGAGAAUGCUGACCUUCAAGAGAUGAACCGCGAUCUGAGCAUGUUUAUAUCAGGGCAAGAGAAGUUGAAAGAGUUGGAAAAUGAGGGCAAGAUUGAGGAGGGUGAGCUAGAAGGCGGCAGUGCAAGUGUGCCAGAGAAGAAGAGCCGGCGACGUGGAAAACGUUGA